AUGGAAGAAUCCGAAACCGGUACUGAACUGAACAACUACCCGACAGACAAUUGUCGUACCAAGAGGCACCUAUGAAACAAGCUGAAUGGGUGCCUCCCUGACUCAGCCGUCCAUUCCGAGGAACAAUGGGAGCAGUGCCGGCCGUCGUUCCAAGGCGUGGAGUAUAAAUACUCAGUUGAACCCCGUAUCAGCAUCUCACAGACAGCUCUCCUCCAGCUUCACAAAAUGUUCCGUCGCUUGGCCGUAUUCCUGCUCGUCGUCGCCAACUGCCUCUGUGUGUCGGAUAGUUUCGACAAAAAGCUGAACGAGGCCCGCGAGAAAGGCACCAUCACGUUCCCGCAUUUCGUCAUGCUCGACAUGUACAAGACGGUCGAAGACAUGAACUCCAAGGUCGACAAGAUCCUCGCCUACACCAAGAUCUGCGCCGGCGCUGACGCUCCCUCGAUAUUCGAUAUUCUCAGCGGCGGCAGCUCCAGUGGAUUCGGACGAGUUCGCGGAGGAACCAGCCUCUCCAAGGAACAAAACGCCUUGCUCCUGUCUAUCCUUCAAGGAGUAAGUCACCAAAUUUGCCUGCUUUGAUGAACAAUUAGGUAUCUUUGGAUUUCAAAGCGUUCACUCUUUUGAACUUUAAUGUACCUUCACAUUAGUAUGGAUGAGGAUUAUAGAGGUAGUGCGGUUAAUUUUCGUACCAGUAUUUUCUUUUUCGAAGUUCGCUACAAAAUCGUGACUUUUCAGGCUUCAAGCAACGGCUUCGGCUCAGCUUUCUCGACGCUGGUCGGCCAGCAAACCGCCCCCAUCACCUUCAGCCUUGACAACGGAUAUCGCGUAAGAUUUAUCUUCUUUUUUGAGUUUGAUUAGGAGGCAAAGUGCUUUUUAUGAAUAGCUGGGCAAACAUAUAAAAGAUGCACUGCAACUUGAGAAGAAUUUCAAAUUUCUUUACUUCCAAAAACUGAAAUGUGAGAUUUCGACAUUUUUUGAACACUCAGGACCUGCUCAAGUAUUUAUCAGUUGGCUUUGAGCCGAAGAAAUUAUUAGCUUACUUCUUGUUCUUUUCUAACUCUUUUUUUACGCUCAAAAUUCCGCUCAUCCUUGCGAGACCCUUUUUUGGCAAAACCCCCGAUCCUUCGAACUUUUUGAAAUGUUGGAAUUGAGCAAAACUGCCUUGCAGACGCCGCUGUCGCCAAUCACUCCGAUCGGCCCGAUCUCUCCCCCGACCUUCACCUACGUCGCCCAGCAGCCUCAGGUCGUCUCCACCGGAUCCGCCGGCGGCAGUUACGUCCAGCCGCCGCAAGGAUACGCUACCGCCCCCGGCGCGGGCAAGAAGUAG